UGGCCCACACCAACAGCCUGGCCAACCUCUGUCAUCAGGAGCUGCAACAUUGGCUGCAGAGCAGUCAGAGCUUGUGAAGGACAGCGAAAAUAUCACACCAACUCCUGGAAUGGAGGCACAGGCGUUCUGGGCCAAUUCACCUAUCGGCUUCAUUCCUACAUCAUCCACUGCCACAAGCUGUGCCCAUGCACAUACCGCCACUACGAGUGCUGCCUCUGCAACUACCAGCGUUCAUACCCUAAGGAGCAACACACCAGUAGCUCCAGAAAUCAGCUUGCCCAUGGUGGAAGUGGCCGGUCCUGAAGGAAGCAUGUUAGUGCACAGACCGUGGACUAGCGCUGACAUAGCUGACUUUGCUCACACUCUUCCAGACAUCACUGUAUCCGGAAAGACAUUCGGUGCCAACCUUCUGGCCUUCUGCCAGGAGUACAGACCCACUGGAGCUGAGAUCCGUCGCAUCCUGGCCAAACGUCUUGCACCUUGUGAAUACCAAAAGCUGGCUAGACAAUUGCCUGAUGUGACACUUGCUCUCAAACACAAAGACUGGACAAACAACUUAAAUGAUGGAUUCGUUGCCGCAGUGAGGAUGCUUGUUGCCCACCUCGAAACUGCGUUCCCCGACAAAGUCUGUAUGAUUAAAGUCACUACAUGCAAACAACAACCAGAGGAAUCAGUUGAUGACUUUGUUCACCGCCUCACCACCGCAUACAAUACACACGGAGGAGCUUACCCUCCCCCUGAAGGAGUGGGAGGACUCAUCUGUUCAACAUACAAGAGUCACCUCUGUGAACUGGUGAUGAAAGGCUUACUCCCUGAAGUGUUUGACGCCGUAAAGCAGUCAUACAUCGGAUGGAAAGAAGAAGCGCGUCUGUCUGACCUCACAAGACACGCACGCCAUGCUUAUGACACUCUCCAGCAGAAGAAGAUGGCGAAGAAGGAAAAACAACAGAGCGAACUGUAUCUGCCAUCCUUGGAGAUGUUCUCUGCAAUGCAUAACAACAACAGAGGAGCGAGCAGGUUUCGCGGGGGGGGACGAGGAAGAGACUUCAGACAGAAUUGGCCCAACAGAGACACAGGAGGCGCAUCUGGAGAUCCAGGAAACGCUUGCCACAUCUGCGGCGAGAUGGGACACUGGAGGAAGUACUGCCCCCGGCUACGUCAGGUUCCACCCUCCCGGGCACUCUCGUCAGACUGAAUAGAGGAGGAGCCCAGCGAAGGUUUCCGUUCACAUGAUGACGUAGACGGUGAAAGCGGCUCUGCCCAAACAGGCGACAGAACCACUGCACAUCAUUCAACCAGGAGACUGGGUGAUCAUUAAGGAGCUUCGCAGGAAGCACUGGAACUCAAAACGGUGGCAAGGUCCCUUCCAGGUCCUUCUGACGACCAACACGGCUGUGAAGAUCGCAGAAAGAGCGACUUGGAUCCACUCCAGCCACUGCAGGAAGGUCCCGGAUCCGACAGACGACCCUCCAUCUACAUCUACACCACACGAGAAAACCACCACUGACGAAAAGAACUGAGAAGGACGACCCUCGCUGUGCUCACACACGCACUGAGGCGAGGCUGCGUUGACCGUUCAGCUAAAGGUGUGAGCCAAGCGCCGCGUGAAGCUGCGCCGGUGAAUCACACUAUCAGACCAUACAUCUACACACACGCUCCUGAGAAAACACACACACGAGCAGCCUAGAGUUGCCGACGCUGGACGACGUGUAGACUCUUCACAUCACGGGAGUGACAGUGACUCAGACGACAUUGGGAGGAAACCUGGCGGUGAUAACGAAUCCCAAGUGUCUCUGCAAUCAGCUGAUCACAACCUGAAGAACCCCAAAGAACUGUCAAGGUGUCAACAAACAGGUUGGAAACAAUCUAACGCUACUAUUCAACAGGAAGAAGAAGACAUUGAUUGUGACCCUGUGGUUUUGAUCUUCAUUGUAUGUUACUUUAAUAUUUGCUCUAAAUUGUGUGGUUGAUUUACAUGUAUACCUCUCUGUGAUUUCAUCCACUAUUUUUAAACAAAACAUUUUACGACAAGCAUAUCUAGAGUUGUUUUCCACUUGAUUCACACUUUCACACAAAUUUUUAUCUUCCACUGACGCAAAAUGACAUCCACCAGACGAAACAAGAUAAAAAUGAUUGUCAUAUCGACGAUGACAGCAAUAUGCGUGGUCACGCAUCAACCGAAGACACUCUUAUCCACCGCACACCAGAGUCACCCACAAAUCGAUCAUGCUUAGUUUGUGUCGUUAGAGACCUGAUGACCAUGACGGAACAAUUGCCCCACAUAGCGAAGACAACAUGGCAGAAUAGAAUGGCCUUGGAGAUGUUAUUAACAAAGAUGGGAAGUGUUUGUGUCAGGUUUGGUAAAACAUGCUGUACCUUUACCCAGGAUGACUGGACAAUUUUUAUUCUUUUAAUGUUUGAUUAAUGUGUAAUCAAAAGGGGGGAAAUGUAAUGGAAAAAUUGUACUUUAAUGCUUCUUGUGUUCAUUUCUGACUCUGUAUAGCAACCAUGUAUUCUGUACUUGUUGGUUAGACACAGAACUGAACAUUCUUAGACAAACAGUCUAUCUUCCUCUCAAGGUUCUGUCGCACAUUAAGUGCUGACAUCUAACGUUGUGUUUCACUGACCGAUUGUUUAUGGCUUGUGUCUGCCUUUUACCCCUGGUCUCUGGCUCCUUUCUAUCUGAUGCCUCACCAGACCCAAGGCUGUAGACCUUGUGUAUUCUCUGUGUAAUGUAAACAUCUUCACCCACAGUGUGAUAGGAAGAUUCCACCAGGUCCCGGGAGAGAGGUUAAAAGGCAGAGACAACCUCAGAACGGGGUGAUGUUUGCAUUAUACCUCCGUGGUGUAUGUUCAGAUCUCCCCAGCUGGCUUUUUGAUUUGCUUUCCUCAUUAUUGUUAUUUUCUUUAUUAUUUCAAUAAAUCGCACAAAAGGACAACUCUCUCAUCUGCCUUUAUUCCAAAAAUUUCCACCACACUAUCCAUUUACUGUCUGUCUCCCUUUUAAGUUCUUGAUAUUCUGUUGGUGCUCGUCCACAUUCAUAGAAGGAAACAUGGUUUCCCUACUCACAGAAGAUUCCUUAAACCUGUUCUGUUUAAGGAGUUUCCGAUGUUGCUCUUCUGUUGAUUACAUCUCUGUUGUCCUUUUUUUUUUCUUUUAUUAAUGUUGAUUUGUUUCGCAAUCUGAAGACAUUCAAGCAGUUGAAGUUGAUGUUCCACUGAAUCUCCCACAGUCAGCAAUUCGGCCCUAGCAGAAGCAUUGUUGAUGACGCUUUCAUUAACUUUCUAUUCAUCUGUGUCCAAAACAAUAGUUUAGGUCAGCUCCUGCUUUGAGGGGAGAAUCGUCAAGGGAAGCUUAAAGGUAUAAAACUGUAACAAGAAAACUAAAAGCAGUUACACCCUGUACAUAAGUGUGUUAGUAAGUGUUAGUGUUAGAAAAAUAGAAAUAGAAAAACAGUUUCUUUGUGUGAAAUACU